AGGUCCAGGUCCAGGUCCAGGUCCAGGUCCAGGUCCAGGUCCAGGUCCAGGUCCAGGUCCAGGUCCAGGUCCAGGUCCAGGUCCAGGUCCAGGUCCAGGUCCAGGUCCAGGUCCAGGUCCAGGUCCAGGUCCAGGUCCAGGUCCAGGUCCAGGUCCAGGUCCAGGUCCAGGUCCAGGUCCAGGUCCAGGUCCAGGUCCAGGUCCAGGUCCAGGUCCAGGUCCAGGUCCAGGUCCAGGUCCAGGUCCAGGUCCAGGUCCAGGUCCAGGUCCAGGUCCAGGUCCAGGUCCAGGUCCAGGUCCAGGUCCAGGUCCAGGUCCAGGUCCAGGUCCAGGUCCAGGUCCAGGUCCAGGUCCAGGUCCAGGUCCAGGUCCAGGUCCAGGUCCAGGUCCAGGUCCAGGUCCAGGUCCAGGUCCAGGUCCAGGUCCAGGUCCAGGUCCAGGUCCAGGCCCAGGUCCAGGUCCAGGUCCAGGUCCAGGUCCAGGUCCAGGUCCAGGUCCAGGUCCAGGUCCAGGCCCAGGCCCAGGUCCAGGUCCAGGUCCAGGUCCAGGUCCAGGUCCAGGUCCAGGUCCAGGUCCAGGUCCAGG